AUGCCACGCUCACCUGAAAGACGUAGUAAACAUCGCUCUUCUGAAAGAAGCAGUAGACAUCGCUCUUCUGAUAGACAUAGUAAGCGUCGUACACGUAGUCGUAGUCGUAGUAUAGAUAAAAGUGAUAGAAAAAGAAGACAUAGAUCAACUCGGCAUAAACAUAAAAAGGAAAAAAAAGAAAAACAUCGAUAUAAAAGCGAAGAAUAUAAUGACGAUAGUCACAUGGAUGAAUCUAAUGAUCUACAUAGACCUACACUCGAAUCACUAGGUUAUUCAAACGUCAAUAACCCUUUUAAUGAUGUAAAUCUUGAAUCAAAAUUCGUUUGGAAUAAAAAGAAACAACAAGAAAAGAAGCGUUUAGGUUUGUCAGAAGCAGAGUUAAAACGAUUAGAACAAGAACGUAAGAGAGAAGCAGAUGAGGAAUUAGCUAAAUUGAAUAAACGAAGAGCAGAACGUGAACGUGAGAUGGAAUUAAGAGAAGAAGAAUUAGCCCGUAUGCAACGUGAUGCCGAAUUAGCCCAAAUGGGUGAUUGGGAAGCUAAAGAGGAAGAGUUUCAUUUAGAACAAGCAAAACAAAGAGCAGCUAUUCGUAUUCGAGAUGGACGCGCUAAACCUAUUGAUAUUUUAGCAAUGAACUUACGCUUAGCAAAUGAGCCAGAUAAAGUAGAGGAUGAAGUUGAUUUAGAAAUUGAUUUAGAUGAACCUUAUACCAUUUUUGAAAAUUUAUCAUACGAAGAUACAAAAGAAUUACAUGAAGAUAUUCAGAUGCACUUGGCUUUAGAAAAGAAUCCUCAAUCACUCGAAUUUUGGCGUGCCAUGAUUGUUGUUGCAGAAGAUACUCUUUCUAAAAUGCAAGAAAAUCAAGAACGUAUUAAAGCAGGUGGUGUACCAUUUACUGUAAAUGAAAGUAUCCAUCGUGUUCUGUCUGGAAAAACUGUUUCUCAACUAUCUGUAUUACAAAAUCAAAUUCAACAGAAAUUGAGGAGUAAUGAGCCUAUUGAUGUUGAAUAUUGGGAAAACUUAUUAAAAGAAUUAGUUGUUUACAAGGCAAAAGCAAAAUUAAAUGAAAUGCAUCAAGAUAUUUUAGCUGCUCGGUUAGAACAAUUGAGAAGCAAACAACGAGAGGAAGCUUUGAAAGUACAAAAAGAGUUAGGACGUGUAUUGUCAAUGCAAGAAAGAGAAGUUCAUGGUAGAGGUGUGAUGGCAGGUGAAGGUAUUGAAGUAGAGCCUUCAAUGCAUAGAGCAUUAAAUACUUUAUUAUUGGAGGAAUAUGAUCGUUCUAUGAGCCCUGAGCCAAUGGAAAUAUUAAGCAGAGAAGAUCAAGACCUUGAAAUUAUAGAUCCUGUUGAAGAUUUAAAGGAAUUGAUGGAAAAACGUCGUGCAGUAUUAAGCAGUGCAAUUAUUCCUAAACAACCUAAAUUUGAAGAGAAAGAAGAAGUCGAGAUUAAAACAGAUAAUAAUGAUGAAUCUAUUGCAUCUACUGUCUUGUUUGAACAAGAGGCUGCUAAGGGAGUUGACGAAGAUGAGGAUGUGUUUAACAUUGAAGCAGAACUUGCACAUCAAACCUACAAUUGGCAGGACAAAUACCGACCUCGUAAACCACGUUAUUUCAAUCGUGUUCAUACUGGUUAUGAAUGGAACAAGUAUAAUCAAACCCAUUAUGAUCAUGACAAUCCACCACCAAAAGUUGUUCAAGGAUAUAAAUUCAAUAUCUUUUAUCCAGAUUUAAUUGAUCUUUCAGUGGCGCCUACCUAUUAUAUUGAAAAGGAUCCAGAAUCACCAGAUACAGUAUUGAUUCGAUUCCAUGCAGGUCCACCUUAUGAAGAUAUUGCUUUCCGUAUUGUGAAUCGUGAAUGGGAAUAUUCACAUAAAAAGGGUUUCCGUUGUAGUUUUGACCGAGGCGUUCUUAGUCUUUGGUUUCACUUCAAGAGACAAUUUUACAGAAAGUAG